AUGUAUGACUUUAGCAACCCGAGCGACUCUAUCACGAGAAACCACAUUGUCAAACUCAAAAACAGUGCUUCCGAAAGCUCCCUCAGAGACGCCAUCAAACGUGUCAAGGCGAGCAACACAAAGCACAUUUACCGCUCCGGCCGCUUCAACGGUUUCGCGGCCAAGUUGAGUCCGCAGGUGCUCGAACACGUCCGGAAGCUUCCAAAGGUUGAGUACAUUGAGCAAGACGCCGUCAUUACAUUUUACGAUUACGUGACCCAGAACAACCCUCCCUGGGGCCUCGCACGCAUCUCGCGCCGCACCCCAGGCGCUACUAGCUACGUGUAUGACGAGAGCGCCCGCGAGGGCACCUGCUCAUACAUCAUUGAUACGGGCAUCUACGUUGACCACAACGAAUUCCAAGGCCGCGCGACCUGGCUAGCCAACUUCAUCGACGACGCCGACACCGACGGCGCCGGCCACGGCACGCACGUCGCAGGCACCGUGGGCGGCGUGACCUACGGCGUGGCCAAGAAGACGCGGCUGUUUGCCGUCAAGGUGCUCAACGCCAACGGUCGGGGCACCGUCUCGUCGCCGAUCGCGGGCAUCGACUUUGUCGCGGCCGACGCACGCAACCGUACAGCGGCAGAGGCGUGUCCCCGCGGAGUGGUUGCCAAUGUGAGCCUGGGCGGCGCCAGGUCCAGUGCAAUCAACAGCGCUGUUGCCGCUGCGGUUGGUAAUGCGGGCAUGUUCUUUGCGGUUGCGGCGUGGAAUGAUGGCGAUGAUGCCCUGCACAAUUCGCCGGCUAGCGAGCUGAGUGCUUGUACGGUUAGCGCGGCGGAUGUGGCGGAUGUGAGAUGGGCUUUGUCGAAUUAUGGCGAGGCGGCGGAUUUGUUUGCCCCAGGUGUGGGUUUGCUGAGUAGCUGGAUUGGAGGCGUUGACUGGACUCUAUACCUCGCGGGUACCUCGAUGGCCUGCCGACAUGUUGCUGGUUUUGCUGCCUAUCUCCUUGCUCUCCUUGGCUCCAAGACGCCGGCCGAGCUGUGCCAGUAUCUCAAGGACACAGCGACACUCGGUACUAGCACUGAUCUCCCCAAUGGCACCUUCAACGCCAUUGCCUUCAACGGUAACUCUAAUGCCUAG